GGAGUUCAUGAGACUUCUUGUGUUGUUUGAUCGAGUCCUGUCAUUGCUAGCGAACAUUACCUCAUCAGAUGUGAUAAAUAACAUGUUGUCGGUGCUGUCCCCUCUUCUCGUUGUUAUUGAAAGCAAUCCCGAUCGACUUGUUCCACUUUUUGAGCAGUUCCGGCGAAUUUUAGUUGAUACAGUGGAUGAGAAUAUCAGUGAAAAGUCAUUGAAAAGACACUGCCUUGGGCUGCUGCUGAAGCUUGUCAAUAAUUAUAUUAAAUGCGAUAAGACGCAAGCGGGAAUAAUUUUGGAAUUCUGCCUUUCGAUGCGUGAUAGCUUAUCGGCGAUGCAGCUGGCCUCUUGUAUGCAAGUGAUUGCCGCACUAAGCAAUCUCUGUGUCGACUUCGCAACGCAGAGUAAUUUUCUUUCUAAUGCUGCACACGACGCAAUAAAUUAUUUACUUCAGCCAGGAAUCCAAACGUAA